UAAAUAUGACCCCAUCCCAUAUCUUAGCUUCCCAUCUCAUAAAGCCAAUUGUAUACCUUUGAUUGUUAUUCUUGCUUCAUAUACUUUAGUUCAUUUGCUUAAUUAGUCCACUCUUUAAAUCUGAGUAUUUGUCAUUUGAACAUGGAACUCAGUUUUAAGCACCAACUUGGCCUUGUUUGUAUCAUACUGCUCUUACCUCAGCUCUGUACCUCACAAGACUCCUUUACUGACUCCAGAGCAACAUAUUACGGUAGCCCAGAUUGCUAUGGGACUCCAAGGGGAGCUUGUGGCUUUGGAGAAUAUGGAAGGACAGUGAAUGAUGGCAAUGUUGCUGGUGUGUCUAAGCUAUGGAAGAAUGGCACUGGCUGCGGUGCAUGCUAUCAGGUGAGGUGUAAAAUACCACAAUACUGCGAUGAAAAUGGAGCAACCGUAGUGGUAACAGACUAUGGUGAAGGAGACAGAACAGACUUCAUAAUGAGUCCACGAGGCUACGCGAAAUUAGGACGCAAUGCAGAUGCAUCUGCAGAGCUAUUCAAAUAUGGUGUAGUAGAUAUUGAAUACAAAAGAGUCCCAUGUAUGUACAGUGGCUAUAACAUAGUGGCUCAAGUCCAUGAACGCAGCAAAAAUCCUGAUUACUUUGCUGUUGUAGUUCUCUAUGUAGAUGGAAUGUAUGAUGUCAAUGCUGUUGAAAUGUGGCAGGAAGAUUGCCAAGAAUGGAGGCCAAUGAGGAGAGCUUAUGGAGUAGUGUUUGACUAUGCCAAUCCUCCAAGUGGUGAAAUAAAUUUGAGGUUCCAAGUGAGUGGAAAUGAAGGUGUUUAUUGGGUGCAGUCCAAGAAUGCUAUCCCUAGUGAUUGGAAGGCUGGAGCUGCAUAUGACACUAUGGUUCAGCUUAAUUAGAAAUAAUUAACAAAACUACUUUUGAGUCUGAGAUCCCAAGAGCAUAAUAUUGGAGCCAGUAUCUAAUUUGUUUCUAUUUGUGUAUGUGUAUGUCACUAUGUGUUUAUUGAUAGUGAUGUUCUUUUGUCUUUAAGGUCUAAAUAAGGAUUCGUGUACUUUCCAUAUAUCCGAGACUACAUGGAAUUUGAAUAAAAUAAAAUGUUUUA